UCACUCCUGAAGGUGCUGCUCCUGCCACUGGCACCUGCCCCAGCCCAGGACCCGACUUUGGCCUUCACCCCAGGCAGCCCCCUCUCCCCCACCGAGUAUGAACGGUUUUUCGCGCUGCUGACCCCCACCUGGAAGGCAGAGACCACCUGCCGUCUCCGCGCCACCCACGGCUGCCGCAACCCCACGCUCGUCCAGCUGGACCAGUACGAAAACCACGGCUUGGUGCCCGACGGCGCUGUCUGCUCCGACCUUCCUUAUGCCUCCUGGUUUGAGUCCUUCUGCCAGUUCACUCAGUACCGCUGCUCCAAUCACGUCUACUACGCCAAGCGAGUACGGUGCUCCCAGCCAGUCUCCAUCCUCUCACCCAACUCUCUCAAGGAGGUAGACUCUUCAGCGGAGGCCCUGCCCACGGCGAUGACCUCCCCAGGGUCAUCCCACGUCACAGCCACAGAACGGCAGGUCGUCCAGCCCUGGCCUGAGCGGCUGAGCAACAACGUGGAGGAGCUCCUACAAUCCUCCUUGUCCUUGGGAGGUCAGGAGCAAACACCGGAACACAGGCAGGAGCAGACCCAGCACAAGCUGGGGCAAGAAGAACGGGAGGAGCAAGAAGAGGAAGCAAAGCAGGAAGAAGGACAGGGCGCAGGGGAAGGGUUGGAGGGGAUGUCCGGGCUGCAGGCAGACUCCGAGACCAGGUUGCAGUCUGAAUCUUUAUCUUCCAAUCCUUCCUCCUUCACGCCGCGGGUCCGAGAAGUAGAGUCUACUCCUUUGAUGAUGGAGAACAUCCAGGAGCUCAUCCAAUCAGCUCAGGAAAUGGGUGACGCGGAUGACGAGGAUGACGACGAGAAUAGUGGCAAGAGUAUCAGUCUCUUACAGACGCCCACCAAGGACGCCAUGCUGGUGCUGUGCUACUCACUCGUGGGGAGCACCUGUAUCUUUACCCCCACCAUCAAAGCCUGGAAGUACAUGGAGAACGUGAUCCGUGGUUUUGGGAACUUGGUGUGUGACAGCCUUGGGCGGCGACACUUAGAGUCCUGUGCCUACUGCGCCUUCUGCUCCCUGAAGCUGGAGCAGUGCUUCAGGGAUAACACCCUCAAGCGGCAGCGUUGUGACAACUCCCACAAGACACCCUUCGUCAGCCCCUUGCUCAAAAAGCAGUUACAGUCACAGUCUGUGGGCACCAAGAUAGCCGAGGUGGAGCCGGGGCACUAUUACGGGAUGGAUCUGUUCGGUGGGCUCAGCAUGGACUCCUGGUGUGCUCGGCUCGCCACAAAGGGCUGUGAAGACAGUCGAGUCUCCAACUGGCUGCAGACUGAGUUUCUGAGCUUCCAGGAUGGAGAUGACCCCACGAAGAUCUGCGACACGGACUACAUCCAGUACCCCAACUACUGUUCCUUCAAAAGCCAGCAGUGCAUGAUGAGGAACCGGAACCACAAGGUGUCCCGCAUGAGGUGCCUGAGCAACGAGACCUACAAUGUGCUGAGCUUAGACAAGAGCGAGGACGUGGUGCUUCGGUGGAGCCAGGAGUUCAACGCCUUGACCUUAGGCCAGUUAGGAUAAGCCGGGGCUGUCCACUGCGACCCCACCCCAGCUCGACCUUUCCACAUUCAGCUUUGCUUUUAGACCCAUCUAUCAGUUUGCUUCCAGGCUGCCCCCCAGGGGUCUCUAACCUGGGCCCUCUCACGCAUCCUUGGGCUGGGCAGCCCUCCCGGAGAGGCUCGUAAUGGGAACUGCCCUGCCUCAGAGGGCACCUGUAAUAAAACAUUUAU